AUGCCACUGGCUCGAACGGAUGGCAAAGUCCAAGAGCCGAAUCUGUCAGUGAUAGAGAUCAACGUCCAGGGCGUGUUGAUGACUGUUUCGCUGGCGGUGCAGCAGUUCCGUCGACAGACGGUAAAUGCGCAUGGGUUCCGUGGGAAAGUCGUCGUCGCCGGCUCUGUCUGCGGAAUCUACCGUAGCCUCGGCCUCUCUACCUACGCAGCAUCCAAGCACGCCGUGACCGGAUUAAACAUCUCGACGACAGAAUUCUACGAUGCGCUGGAGAGCGAAGGGCUGUUGACGCCGCUCCACGGCGCUGUGACGACGUGCGAGCAGCUUCUCGGCGCUAAUGCUGGUCUUACGUGUCCGCGAUUUGCGGAUUUUACGGAUGAGAAGCAUUGGCUUGUUUUCGAGCGGUUGGCUGCAAGAGGAGCGUCGAAGGUGAAGAGUGCCGUCAAUUACACACUGUGA